GGUAGGGAUAGUUAAGAGUGGGAGAGGAGGCUGGCUGCAGUGCUGUGCUGUGCUGCUAACUAAGCAUCUUUUUCGAAAACUUCAUUUCACUGAAAGCUAGAAGAAGAAGAAGAAGAAACCGUCACAUCUCCAUCUCCAUCUCCACCUCCAUCCAUGGCCACCAGAAGCUAGCUAGCUAGCUAGCACCGCCACUGUCUGAGUCUGACAUAACUCAAUUCAGCUGCACCACCACCACCAUCCAUGGCCGCCGCGCCGCUUGCUAUUCCUUUAAUUUCAUCUUCUUCAUCGUCUUCCUUUUUCUCUGGUUAAUUUAUUAAUUUCGUCCACCCCCGAUUUGAACGGCGUCGUUUCAUCAAGCUAUCUCCUUAUUUAGUUUAUAGAUACGCAGUUAGGUAGCUGGCGGGCGCACCGACCCAGCAGCUAGCUGCUGAUUUCUGGAUUAUUGCGCUGUAAAAUUUAAGGAGCUUUCUUCUACGGUUCAAAUUAUUUUUCACAGGGUUUCGAUCGAUUGAAAUCUCCUUCCAAUUGAGUCGUCCAUGGAGCUGGAUUGAUUAAUUCAUUCAUUCGGAAUUGCUUAGGUUGAUUAUGAAUCAAGCUUUUUGAGUUCUCGUCUCGACGAAAUUGGAAAAGAGGGUUUUUCGUUUCCGCCUGCAACAAAUUCAUCAUCAUCAUCAUCAUCUUCCAUGGCAGCUUCUUCCUCGUCGGUGUUUCUAGCAAUGAGAGACGAAGCUGUAAAUCACGACAAUCAGAUGAAAUCUCUUCAACAACAACAGCAGCAGCAGCAGCAGAUUCUUCCACCGCCACCGAAUUCCCAGCAAUCUUCAAAUUCUUCCAACAAGAAACGAAGGAAUCUGCCUGGAAAUCCAAAUCCAGACGCGGAGGUAAUCGCGCUAUCCCCCAAGACUCUAAUGGCAACCAACAGAUUCGUGUGCGAGGUGUGCAACAAAGGGUUCCAAAGAGAGCAAAACCUUCAGCUCCACAGAAGAGGCCACAAUCUGCCAUGGAAGCUCCGGCAGAAGACCUCGAAAGAUCAGGUGAAGCGUAAGGUGUACCUCUGCCCGGAGCCCACCUGCGUCCACCACGACCCCUCCCGAGCCCUCGGCGAUCUCACCGGAAUCAAAAAGCACUACUCGAGAAAACACGGCGAGAAGAAAUACAAGUGCGACAAAUGCUCCAAGAAAUACGCCGUCCACUCCGACUGGAAAGCUCACUCCAAAACCUGUGGCACUAAGGAGUAUCGAUGUGACUGUGGAACCCUUUUCUCCAGGCGGGAUAGUUUCAUCACACACCGGGCUUUCUGCGACGCAUUGGCGCAGGAAAGCGCGCGAAACCUCAAUGCUCCAUUGGGGAGCAUCAAUGGCAGCCAUCAUCAUCUACUAGGCCUCUCAUCACAAACACAAGAUCAUCAUCAUCAUCAUCAUCAUCAUCAUCAGGCUUUAUCCAGCCAUGAUUUACUGCAAGUGGGCAGCAGAGCGAGGCCGAGCUCUCACUUCGAAACCCUUUUGAACCAGCAGCCGGGAGGAGGAUAUCGAGCACCCCAAGAUUCUCCGACCCUUUUCCAGCUGCAGGGAAACCAUGAAGAAACUUCACAUGGACUAUUGGCAAACAAGCCACCACUUCAUGGACUAAUGCAGCUCCCACUACCCCAACUCGGUCAGAUCGCCAAUGCCAAUGCCUCGGCUUCCUCCACUGCCGCCGGCCUAUUUAAUCUCAGCUUCUUCCCCACCAACACUACCAAUGGCGCCGAUCCCGGCAUUGCUGCCGGGGAAGCUGAUUCCACUCUCUUCCCAUCAGGUAAUCUGAUGGGCAUUGCGAUCCCUUCACUGUACAGCGCAUCACCUCACGGCCUUCAAAACCCUAGCUCCGGCGGUGGCGGUGGCGGCGGGGCGGCGAUGUCGGCGACAGCACUUCUCCAGAAGGCAGCACAGAUAGGGUCAACAACAAGCAACACGUCGUCUCUCCUCAAGAGUCUGAGCAAGGACAGCCAUGGCGGCGGCUUGAAUUUUGGAGCUAACAAUGGGAGCCAGAUGCAGGAUCUGAUGAACUCCAUCAGUUCAUCGUCGAUAUUCACAACUGCAUACAGUCAACAGGAUCAACAACAGCAGCAGCUGGAGGAUUACAGCAGAUUCCAUGAUCACCAUCAGAACAACAACAACAACAAUAAUAAUAAUACUAAGGUAGGAGGAGGAGGAGGAGGAGGGUUUGAUGACGAGAACAAUGAUCUGAACAUUGCAGGAGGAGAUGGAUAUCAAGCUGAUGGGAGAUUGACGAGGGACUUUCUUGGAGUAGGGGAGAUCGUGAGGACUGUCAGAGACCAGAAUAACAAUGGAGGGGGCAUCGACAUGGAGGACGCCAUGGAUAUCAAUCUGAUUUCAUCUCAAACUCAUGCUGCCUUUGCAAAGGGGAAUAAUUUCCAGUGAAGAUCAUACAACAAGACGACGACUAAGAAGAAGAAGGAUAAUAAUAUAAUCAUGAUAAUUAUAUAUAUAUAUAAUGAAAUGAAAUUAAAUUAAAUUAAAUUAAAUUAAAUGGAUUAUUGGGGGAAAGGAAGAUAA